UCAUUAAUCGCUUUUAAAGUCGCAAGCGUUUACAUUGAGUAAGCUCUUAUCGUUUCCCUCAAAAAGUUUAACAGGCGCUCAGUUAAUAUCCCUCAAGAUGGUCUCUGUUCUGACGAAUAUCUUUUGUAGUAUUAACUCCUCGCCUGUUAUGGACCCCUUUCAAUCGGUAAUGCACAUGGAUAAUGAAGAAAAUCUGAAAUUUUGUAGAAAAGAAGUGCACAAAAUUGUCAAAGACAUGGUGUUAAACUUCGAUAAAGGUCACUUUAUCUCGAAACCCGAGUCCGACAUUUGUGCAGGCAUGAGAAAAUCAGUAUUAGAAAUUUACAACACUUACAGAGAUGCUCUGCAUAAAAACGUUGCCCAAUUGUUAGGCGAAGUUGCUGAUGAAUUUACAAUACAAAAAGCCUAUCGUUGCGUUGUGGACACCAUCCUGGAGGAUCGGAAAAAUCUGCAUUGGCGGCGUAUCUCGAUGGUUUUCAUUAUGUUGGCCCUUUUGGCGGAAGAUCAGCGAGCAAAAAAGCAUGACCUUUCCUGGGAACAUUAUAACCAAAUCUUGAUAAAAAUCUUUAGAGACCACAAGAUCGACAUCUGGAUAAAUGAUAACGGCGGAUGGGAUGGCUUCCUGGAACAUAUUCAUAUGAAACACAAAAGUAAAUUGGAAGAAAUUAUCUGGCUGAGUACAAUUGGACUCUGGUCUUUGUCAGUUUCUGGUUUGUGAAUGAUGAAAUGUCUGUAAUAUGAAGACUGGAAUUGAAGUCAUCUUUAAUUUUCUUGUAACAAAUUAGCACCUUUAACACAAACUGAAGAAGCUAUAUCAAUCUGAUUAAUUUUUUAGAUAUCUAAAAGCAGAUUUCUUAACACUUCAUUGUUAUCUUACCUGGACUAAACAUCAUUAAAAUUGUAAUUACUUACAAAUGGAAUAAUCUGUCAUUCCUAAUAUAAGCAAAAUUAGUAUAACAUAUUUUAAUGAAAACAAUUGCUUAAAAUGUAAAUUCUGUUGAAUAUCAUCACAACAUUCACAUCUUAUCAAAAUCCAAGUUGUUAAUCCUUCGUUACAUUGUAUGAAAGUGCUUUGUGGUUGUUGCUUUGGCUAUGUAAGACACGUAUGUUUGUAUAUUCACUUUUAUUUCAACAGUGUAAUUUCAAAUGUUGUUAAUUGUAAAUAGUCAAAAUAACUCUUUACAAUGAAAUUAUAAUGACAAAUAACACUGGGAAUCAAACUAGUUAUAACAUCUAACUACAAAAAGGCUAUUUUAUUAUGCAAGUCAGGUCUUAGAGUAACAGCCUGCCUGGCAGCUAAAGUGAAUUGCACUUGCUUGAUAAAACAAGCAAAAUAUGGCUAUUGCAGCACCUGCCAAGCUUUAGAAGGAACAACCAAAAUAAAAUCAAUUUCAUUUUAAAGCAGUUCUUUCCCAUUUUAUCUUAAUUAGAAAUAAUUUAACUUAAGACUUAUUAUCCUGAUGAAAUUAAAAUUACAAAUUCACCUUUACUUCUGAGUAUUAUUUGUGUAUAUAUAUGGCAGAUUGAUAGGUGAAGUAAUGAUAAUUCCACACUCCAAUAUAUAAAUUUAUAAACCUGUGACUAUUGGACACUUGGUAUAACUACCUCAGUACCAGUUUUGAGAAGUGAGACUUAAGACCAAGUCUUUAGUGGAAUUCUGAAUAUAUUUUUAGAAUAUAUGUUAAACAGAUUCACACAUGAUAUCAAAAUUGUAGUAAAUCAGGAGAAUAUAGUUAUGUAGGUGCAAAUCGCUUCACAGUCCUGUAGUUCCAGUAUCAGCCCCACUGCAUGGUAUGCUGGGAAAUGUCUGCUGCUAUUACCUCAAGUUGACCAGUGGUUUCUGAGUGAAACCCAAAUGCUUCACUUGUCCACUGCAGUGAAGCAUGUCCAAGCUUCUUGACAUAUUGCACAAUCUUUGUAAACAAAAGUCUAAUUCAGACUGUGCUGUUUGUUUCCGGUUCUUUGUGUAACCAUGUGCGGGCUGGCCGUUGUUCGAUAGACUGGAAGAUUUAUUGCCUUGCUUGGAUACAAGUAAGGGUUGGCAACAGGAAGGAUAUCUGGCCGUGGAAAACUCUGCCCCAGAGUAGUCUCAUCUGAUCUAUGCAAGCAUGAAAAAGCAAAUGUUACAACAAUGAGUGUGAUGCCUAUGAUAAACCCUUAAAUGAAAAGGAAUUCUGUAAAUGAUUAUUUAGGGAAGAAUAAGACUGGGAUGAGGCAUGAACAGAGCUGCUUGUAGAUCAUGAGAUCAAUUCCACUUGGGGCAUUUUCUUUCGAUUCUGGACUAUACAUUUUGUCUUUCUUUCACAGAGCUUCAAAUCUUUACAAUUUCUUCCCUGCCAAUAUUUUUCUUGCAGUUAGUUUUUCAGAAACAUAAACUGCACUAUAUCUGGAAGGUUUCUCUUGACCAAACCAUUUAAAACAGGAAAAAAAA